GUCUUGAUGUUUCUGUGGGGAAACUUGCUGCAGACACGGAGGCUUUCUGUGUGAACACCAUGGCGGUGUGAAGGAAAAGCAGCCCGGUGAUCUGCCUCUGCAGCUCCAGUCAGAGCUCCGCUGGAAAUCCUGCUCAUUUUAAUCAGCGCGGCUAACCGACCUGUAACCCGACGGCAGGUUCAACCCGCUGGCCCGAGUGACCUGAGCAAACCGCUACAGGCUAAUGAACCCAGUGUAAUGUAAGGCGAUGCUCGCUCGGCCACCAUGGCCAGUGUCACGCUGAGGUACUUCUGUUAUGGCUGCCUCGUCACCUCGGCGACCUGGUCCGUCCUCCUCUUCCUCUACUUCACUCUGGGGGCGGAGCCUGGCCAAGGUAGGACCCCCCUGCAGCACCGCAACCAGCCAAUCACCAAGGGCCUGGUCGUCCGGAGGGCGGGGCAUCGGCUUUCGCCGGCCAAUAAGGGAGUGGAGCUGUCGCCAGAGAUGGGGAUGAUCUUCAAUGAAGCAGAUCAGGAAGUGAGGGACACCGGUUACCAUAGACACGCCUUCAACGUCCUCAUCUCCACCAGACUGGGAUACCACAGAGAGCUGCCUGACACCAGAGACUCCCAGUGUCGGGAUAAGGUGUACCCUCUGGUUCUACCUUCUGCCAGCGUCGUGAUCUGUUUCUUCAAUGAGGCGUUCUCCGCCCUGCUCAGGACCGUCCACAGUGUGCUGGAUCGAACGCCGGCCUAUCUGCUGCAUGAGAUCAUCCUGGUGGACGACCACAGUGAGCUCGAGGAGCUGAAGGACGACUUGGAUCGGUAUGUCAGGGAGGAGUUAGAGGGGAAGGUCAAACUGGUGAGGAACCAGAAAAGGGAAGGACUCAUUAGAGGACGCAUGAUUGGAGCGUCACAUGCUACUGGUGAGGUGCUGGUCUUCCUGGACAGUCACUGCGAGGUGAACCAGGCGUGGCUGCAGCCUCUGCUGGCUCCCAUCCAGAAGGACCGGCACACCGUCGUCUGCCCCGUCAUCGACAUCAUCUCAGCCGACACCCUGUCCUACUCACCCUCACCCAUCGUCAGGGGCGGCUUCAACUGGGGGCUGCACUUCAAGUGGGACCCUGUCCCUCCCUCUGAGCUCAACGGCCUUGAGGGAAACACCGGACCAAUCAGGUCUCCCACCAUGGCAGGCGGUCUGUUUGCUAUGAACAGAAAGUAUUUUAAUGAGCUCGGCCAAUACGACGCCGGCAUGGACAUCUGGGGUGGGGAGAACCUGGAGAUCUCCUUCAGGAUCUGGAUGUGUGGUGGUCAGCUGCUCAUCAUCCCCUGCUCCAGAGUCGGUCACAUCUUCAGGAAGAGGAGGCCCUACGGCUCUCCGGGGGGGCAGGACACCAUGGCCCACAACUCCCUGCGGCUAGCGCACGUAUGGAUGGACGAGUACAAGGAGCAGUAUCUGUCCCUGCGUCCAGAGCUACAUGACCGCAGUUUUGGUGACAUCAGCGAGCGCGUGGCGUUGAGGAAGCAGCUGCAGUGUCGGUCGUUUCGCUGGUACCUGGACACGGUGUACCCUGAGAUGCAGACUGUCGCCAACGGCAACAAGCAACAGCAGCAGCAGCCACUUUUCAUCAACAAGGGCUUGAGACGCCCCAAAGUCCUGCAGAGAGGACGGCUUCGUAACCUAGCAACCGGCCGCUGCCUGGUGGCCCAGGGCCGAGCCAGUCAGAAGGGGGGGGUCGUUGUGUUGCGACCGUGUGACCCCCGAGACCCCGAACAGGACUGGGCCUAUGAUGAGGAGGGUCAGCUGGUCCUGGCAGGUCUGCUGUGUCUGGAUGUGUCAGAGGUCAGGACCUUUGACCCACCCAGACUGAUGAAGUGUCAUGGCUCGGGGGGGUCGCAGCAGUGGAGCCUGGGGAAGUCUAACCGGCUCUAUCAGGUCUCGGUGGGUCAGUGUCUCUCCGUCGCUCAGCCAAUCGGGCCCAAGGGUUACGUCUCCAUGGCAAUAUGUGACACCUCACAGGUGCAGCAGUGGCAGCUGGAGGCCUGAGGAGCACGAAGUCAUGUGACGACGGACAGGCAGAUGUUUUCGGUCCAGUUUUAAAGACAAUCAGGUUUAAUUGAGAGGAGUCUUUAAAUGUUCGUCUUCACUUUGUGUUUUUACUGUUUUAGUUUUUCUCAGGACGACUUUUAUUAACCAGCAGCUUUUAUUUGGGUUCUGUGUAUUUAAAAUAUCAGUUUCAGUUUUCAAAUGGUCCCAGUUCGACUUCCAGGAAAGACUGGAAAUGCUAACGGGACUGGGUGGAGACUGUCCUGGAAUAUCCUGGAAUAGUUUGAAUUUUUGAGAGAGGGAUUCCAGAAACCAACAGGAGGAGUUUUUAAUUUCAUCACGGUUAUUUUCAGGUUUCCAGGUCAGACCUUGAAAGUCUUGUAAUGGGCUGGAAAGUCCUGGAGUUAACACUGUGAACUCAAAGAGGAGCAACACGUUCACUUUGUGUUCUCGGACGAUGACACCUGAUGCUGGUUUUUAUUUCAGUAAAGCCUGAUUUCUCUCCAUGUUUCUCUUCUCCAAACUGAUCCGUGAAAGUGAGAACACGGAGCCUCAUCGAUGAGCCCGUCAGACUGAUCGCAGUGACUUCACCUGACGACGUGUGACACACCUGUGUGAAGUCAGCUGACAUCAUGAACAAACAGAGUUUUAAAGUUUUCUUGUUUCAUCUUCAAUAAAUUGUCAACA